AAAUGAUAUAUAUUUUUGUUGAAUAGGUUGUUUAUUUUUUCAACCAAAUAUUUCAUUAUUUCUUUCCUUUAUCCAUUAAUCAAGUUCCGGUUUCUGCUGAAGGACAUGUGAAGUGUACCAACUUUCGAUUGCUGCCAUGGCCCUAAUGUUUCAGAGAUUAGGCUUUCAUAUAUUAAGAACAAAUCUUAAGUCCACUUUUCAAACUACCAGAACUGCACAGUCACUUGUCAGUCACUCAGAGGUGCCAUAUUUACCUGUGAUCUUUGAUCCAAGUCAAAAACAAGUGAAAGAAAAUAAUAAGAAUCAAAACUCUUCCGACAGUGUUGCUUUAUUUUUCUGGUGCAAUGACAAUGUGACUCCAUGUGAUAAAAAUAAACAUUCUGUGGGUGAAAAAGAACAAAACCAAUUUGAUUGGCGAAAAGAUUUACUCAUAAUAAAUUCAGAUUUAUCUACAUUGUGUAUUCUUCCAAGAUUGAAAAGGAGUCUUGAAAUUACGUAUGAAAGUGGCCAAAACAAUGAUCAUGCAAGUUCUGAAAUUUUAAGUAUUUGUUCAAAUUCCAGUACUGGAAAAUCAUUAGAAUUUCUACAAAAUGACAUUUCAAGAGAAAUAAGCUCAACAUUAGAGAGUAUAAAUCUACCUCAAGAAGAAUUAGAAUUUUUGAAAAGUAGUAUAUCAUGGUAUAGCAGUCAACCUAUACCUUCAUCACCAGACAAAACAGAUUUAAAGACCCCUGAUGACAAAAAUCUGGGGAAGCCUUCCAUGGAACAGUUGAAUGCUGUUAAAGAAAGAUUGGAAGAAACACUUCCAAAUUUUUUUAAAAAGGUGAUUGACUAUUCAAUAUAUGACCCGAAAGUAGUAUUUGUGAACAAUAUAUGGAAUAGAAAAACCUCUGGCAUUGGCAUGUAUUCUUUAAAUCUAUCUGUGAUCAGGAUAUUGGCAUAUUUCAAGUACACUCAAAUCACUGUACAACUACUUAAAAUAACAGUCCACCCUGAGGAUGGAGCAGUGAAAGUUAGAUGGAGGGUUGCUGGGUUAUCAAACACAGCAUCUUUAAAGUUUUGGAAUUUCUAUCCAGGAAAAUACAGGGAAAAUGUUGAAAAGGAUUCACAAUGGACUGACGGUCUUUCCACAUAUUACAUCAAUAAACAUGGUAUGGUAUACAAACAUGUUGUAGACAAUGUUAUACCAGACAAUGAAAUACCAAAUGUAGUACCAGUUGCUCCAGUUGCCUGAUCUUGAUUCUGAACGCACAAAAAGAAUACUGAUGUGUCACUAGAAAACAGUUAAAAUGUCUCGUAUCAAAAAUUUAUUUAUUUAAAAAUGAUAUAAUUGCUUCAGCUUAAGAUUCAGUUUAGGUCACAUUACUUGAUAGUUUGCAUUUGAAAAUCUAGCAAAAGUUUGGAAUAUCACCAUUUUUUCCAUCAUGCCUUGUGUAUGUGUACAGAUCAUGUAAUCACAUUUGCUAAUUUAGGUGAAAAUGACAUAUAAUCAGAGAAAUGAGAAAAAUCAAUGUUGUUUGGAUGGUUCAAACUAAAUAAGCUUAUUGUGUAUUAAAGGCUUUUGUUCAUUUUUGUGGGGUAACUGUCAUAUUUCAAGUAUGUCAACCUCCAAAGUUGCAUGUUAAUUUUAAGAUUUUAGAGGUGUACAGACUCAUGGAAUUUUGCAGUUUGAUCAUGAUAGUUGAUUUGAGUAGUUGAUUAAUUUAGAUAUGCAACCAAUAAUAAAGAUAAAAAUGCCUUACAAUUGAUUUUGAAUUUCAUUGUGCAAAGUAAAGCACAUUAUUUUAAUUAAUGGUCAAAGGGCUUUAAAAAGUCAAUUAAAAAUACUGUACUGAAAGUGCUUUUUAAAAUAGUUUUACAUGUAUAAUUUAAAACUACUUAUUUGAAGUCAGUGAAAUCUAUAUAAACCAAGACACUGCUGAUUGGGUUAAGAUUGCAUAUAAUGUAUUCAAAACCUUAUGGAACUGACUUGACAUGUAAAUCUUCCAAGGCUUAUCCACUACCUUUUUGAUAAACAAAAUAUAGUGCUACGAUCAUAUCAUUCUAUACAUCCUAUCCACAAACAUUUCCAGAAUUUUAUCAAUGUAAUAUAUUCUCAGUCAAAAAAUAAUGUUACAGUUGUCUAAAGACUUUCAUAACUUUUGCAGGAAUCUAAUAUCCAUUCUAAAAA